CCAAUAAAAACGGAUGAUUAGUACUCGUUCUGUUCAGUCUGUUCUCAGUGUUCGGUGUUUGAAGAAUAGCAGUAUCUUCUAGCGAUGAAGAUAUUCAUUGGAAUCGGUCUUAUUUUACUUGUGCUCUCAGUACGUGGAGAAAAUGAAGUUUGCAAAACUGAUAAGGAGGGUUUCAAGAUUUGCAGGAAACCAACUACCGUGAUAACGCAUGUAACCAGAAGAAUGGGCUCAGCUGUGGAUGCAAAGACACAUUUCGACAUGAAAUUUGAUGAUGAUACAAUAAUCGGACCCAAUGCAUUCCACACCUUGCCCCUUACAAGCAUUCUUUUGGGGAUGCCAUAUACGCAGGAACGAAAUCGACUUGCUCUUCGCACAUUGACUCUGCAUCCGGAUUCAUUUUUAACCUCAUCGAAUAUACGCAGCCUUACCAUCAUCCGUGCAAAUGUCAAUCUGCCUGGGAAUAAAUUCAAUCUGAAUACCGCAGUAGAAUGGUUACGAUUCAUUGCCUGCGGUUUCACGGAAGUACCAUCUGAAAUGAUAGAAUCAUUACCAAAUCUUGAUUAUCUCUCAUUCGAAGGUAAUUAUUUACGUGUCAUUCGGUCACAUGCUUUUUCUCCGCUGAAACUUCUCAGAGAAUUGAAUUUGGAAGGAAACGGCAUCGUCAGCCUGGAAUUAGGUUGUUUUGACGGUCUAGACAAUUUAGAAGUAUUGGACCUAGCUGAUAACCAAUUUUCUCCAAUCUCUGGUAUUUUCAAUGGCCUGAAGAAGCUGACGCGUCUUGAUAUCGAUAAUGCAUUCGGGGAGCAUCAGUUCAAUUUUGAUAUUCUUCAGGACACUCCAGCCCUUGUCAACAUCAGAAUGGGGAACAAUAAAAUCAAGGAGUUGAAACCUGAUAUGUUUUCUAUUUGUCCACAACUAACUUAUCUGUCUUUGUUUAGAAAUAAUAUCUCUAGUGUGCCGAAAGGGGUGUUUAAUACGAUGAAUUCACUGCAAACGGUUCAUCUGGCCCAAAACGAGAUUGGGACGAUCGAGCCAGGUGCAUUCAAUGGGUUGAAUAUGAAUAUGAUUUACCUCUUGGAUAAUAAAGUGGAUAAAGUCAUUGAGACAGGUACCUUCAGUGAUCUAUCUGUUCUGGACAUAAAUCUGAGCGCCAGUAACAUUCGAGAGCUGAAACCAAGAGCUUUCAAUGGCCUUUCUGCAAGGGAGCUUGAUUUAAGUGAGAAUAAAUUCACGCAAAUCGGCGCUGAAGAUUUUUAUGGACUCAAGGUUGAGGAACUCAGGUUGAAGAACAAUAAUAUUACUGCUAUUGCUCCAAAUGCCUUCAAGAAUACUAAGGUGGAGAAACUGAGGCUGUUUGGUAAUCCAAUCGAUGAUAAAGAUAGAGCAAUUUGGGGUCUUCCAGAAACAACAAAAAUAUUAUGGAGUGAAUACUGAUGUUGAUCAGCAAGAUUAACAAUCGAGUAAAGAAUAUUUUCCUUAUUAAAUGCAUUCUACAAAUAUCAAUUGAACAUAGUUAAUAAGUAUGGCAUUAAUUCCCAAGUACAAUUGUAGUUGAGUUAUAUUAUCUUUAGACAUAUUACAAUUAAUUCCAGAAUUUGUUGUUGUCUGUCCCUCUCAAAUAGAUUUUCAACUCACACUAGAUUGAAUUUGGAUAAAAAAGUCGACAGGCCUUGGAAAUUAAAAUUGUUCCUUUUGUUUUUCCUUUUUUUCAACUCAAUUUCUCCAUCUUCAUUGUCCUCUGUACAGUGUAAGUAUCUGGUAUAUAUAAUCAACGACAACUAAAAAUAAUGGAUGUAAUAAUCUCAUAAUUAAGAAAUUGAGUAUGUUAAACAAAAUAUAUUGAAAAAUAUUCAAAAUUGUCUCAAUUUGUAAUAUCAGUAUUUUUUAUAAAGUGAAAAAAUAUAUAACUAAAAAAUCCAAGUAUAUCCCUUGAUUUUAUCCUAGAAUUCGAUUGAUGUACAACCGUUGUUUCCGGACGAAGUAUUUCUUCUUAAUCUUGUUGCUACAAAAAAAAAACAGAGAAAAGCUGAUACUGUUAGUAUUAAACAGAAUGUUAUUGUCUUGUCGAUAAAUAAAUUGUGUAACUCUAGAAGUGUA